ACUCGCGCUGCCAUAGAAACGCGCGCGCGCUGCUGCGCAGAGACCAUUCGGUCCUGAGCCUUUGGAGAGGAAAGAUCGCUAAAAACUGUCAGGAAAAAUAAGUUACAGCCAGGAUCAUUUUGAAAGGGAGAAAGAAAUAAACUCCAUCAUCGACUGCUCCUUCAGACUUCUACUGCUGAUAUUUGUGGUGUGUGGCCUAGCCCUGCUGGCUGUCAUUGGCCUCACUAGCUGGAAGCUGUGCUGGGUGCCCUGGCGGAGCAAAGCCCUCCUGUCCACCCACCCAGAGAGGCUGCCACCCAGAAAUAGUGACAGAGACCUUUACCCAGCACACACAGACAUCAUGGCAGCGGAUAAACCGAAGGGUCCUGGAAGCAUCCUGAAGACAGCAGUGAAGAUCAGUCACACAUCACCGGACAUUCCUGCAGAUGUGCAGGUGUCCAUGAAGGACCACUUGCUGAGAUGCACUCGUAUUGCACGGCAGACCACUGAACCAACCUCUUCUAACAGGCAUAGUUCUUUCAAGAAGCACCUACCCAGACAGAUGCACCACGUCACCAGUCUGGACCAUGGGAGUGAUUUGCUGGACAUGGAAGAUCACCCCACCUCCACAACAGCCUCACUUGGUCGUAUCCAGCCUGAACUGUACAAACAGAGCGUGCAGGAUUCUGAUCAACUGUCCAAGAAUGGUGCAGCCAAAUCCUGUGGCAAGAUCAACUUUUCACUCAAAUAUGAUUAUGAGGGUGAGCUUCUGCUUGUCACCAUUGUCAAGGCAGAAAACCUGCCUGCCAAGGACUUAUGUGGCAGCUCAGAUCCCUAUGUUAAAAUCUACUUGCUGCCAGAUCGCAAGCGCAAGUUCCAGACCCGUGUGCAUCGCAAGACCCUCAACCCUACAUUUGAUGAGACCUUCCAAUUCCCAGUUCCCUAUGAGCAGGUGGCUGCAAGGAAACUGCACUUAAGUGUGUUUGACUUUGACCGCUUCUCACGACAUGAUAUGAUUGGCGAGGUAUUACUCGAUAACCUCUUUGAAGUGUCUGAUCUUUCGAGGGAGACAUCUAUCUGGAGAGACAUUCAGUAUGCAGCUAGUGAGAGAGUUGAUCUGGGGGAGAUAAUGUUCUCCCUUUGCUACCUGCCCACUGCAGGACGACUUACUCUUACGGUCAUCAAGUGCAGGAACCUCAAAGCCAUGGACAUAACUGGUUACUCAGAUCCAUAUGUGAAAAUAUCACUUAUUUGUGAUGGAAAGCGACUGAAAAAGAAGAAAACCACAACAAAGAAGAAUACCUUGAAUCCCACUUACAAUGAAGCCAUUACCUUCGACAUUCCUCCAGAAAACAUGGAUCAAGUCAGCUUACAUAUAUCUGUCAUGGACUAUGAUUUAGUGGGACAUAAUGAGGUCAUAGGUGUGAAUCGUGUCGGUAGCUGUGCUGAGGGGCUGGGGAGAGACCACUGGAAUGAGAUGUUGGCUUACCCUCGUAAACCCAUCGCUCACUGGCAUCCACUCCUAGAGCCUAAGAAGUCCGCAAAAGAGUGGAAGACUCGCACUUCAAGCUUUGACAGCCAGGGGUCAUGUCCAUCUCCUCGACUUCCCUCCAGGUCAUAGAAAAGAGGCCAGAAGCACAAUUUGCUCUGUAAGUCUUCUUAAAAUCUAGUGAACUACUAGGAGUCUGUGGAAAAGAUUCACACAGGUCAUGAGAUGACCUGUGGCGUAAUGUCUGUCUUACUGACAUGGCUAACAGAAUAGCCAGAAAGAAGAUGGAAUCAAAGUCUUUCAUUAGGAUUAGUGUGUUUGAUUGUUUUUGCUUUAGGAGUUAUCACUUUCCCUGACUGGAUAAAUUUAUAAAAUCAGUCUACAGAGUUAAGUUAAUAAAUAUGGAUUUAACUGAACCAGAAUAGGCAGUUACUAAAUGCUUAUUCACGUCCAUAAAUAUUUGGAUAUUGACAAAUUUAUUGUUAUUUAACUGUCUACCACAGCAUAUAGGUGUUGAACUUAAAUAAUAAAUAUGACCUCAAAGUGCAGACUUUUACCUUUAUUUUGAGGGUUUUACAUCCAAAGAGGAUUUGCAAACAAUUAUAUUAAAUUGUCAUUUUAAAUACUUGGUUGCAAAUCCUUUGUAGUCAAUGACUUCCUGAAACAACAGGCUCUGGUUUGCUUUUGAUGUAUGCUUUGGCUCAUUGCCCAUCUGCACUAUGAAGCGACAUGCAAUGAGUUUUGAAGCUUUUGGAUGAAUCUGAGUAGAUAAUAUAGUUCUAUACACUUCAGAAUUCAUCCUGCUGGUUUUGGCAGCAGUCACAUCAUCAAUAAAUACGAGAGAGCCAGUUCCAUUGGCAGCCAUACACACAGCAGAAGAUGAGGUGGAAUGCUUCAGAUUAUGAGUAGUUCCUUCCUUUCUCCAUACUUCUCUUCCCAUCAUUCUCGUAUAAGUUGAUCUUUGUCUCAUCUGUCCAUUGGCGGUUGUUGCAAAACUGUACAGGCUUUUUUUUAGACAUUUUUGGCAAACUCUUCCUGUUUUUGAGGCUUACCAAUGGUUUACAUCUUGUAGUAAACCCUAUGAAUUUACUCUGUUGAAACCUUCUCUUGAUUGUUGACACAGAUACACCUAUCUCCUGGAGGGUGUUUUUGAUUUGGCCAACUGUUGUGAAGGGGUUUCUUUUCACCAGGGAAAGAAUUAUUCUGUCAUCCAUGACAGUUGUUUUCUGUGGUCUUCCAGGCCUUUUGGUGUUCCUGAGCUCACCAGUGCAUUCUUUCUUUUUAACAAUGUACCAAAUAGUUGAUUUGGCCUCACCUAAUGUUUUUUCCUAUCUCUUUGAUAGGUUUGUUUUAUUUUUCAGUUUAAUGAUGGUUUGCUUCACUGGUGACAGCUCUUUGGACUUCAUAUUGAGAGUUAACAGCAAUGGGUUCAAAGUGCAAGGGACACACUUGAAAUCAACUCUAGACCUUUUAUGCUUACUUUAAAUUGAAAAAAUGAGGGAACAAUAUCCACCUGGCCAUGGAACAACUGAACAAUUACUUUUUGUCCCUUAAAAAGGGAAAUAUACUGUAUAUAAAGUGAUGUAAUUCCUACACCGUUCACCUGAUUUGGGUGUAAAUACCCUCAAUACUGGCAAAAGCAAUUUUUUUUAAUUACAAAGUUUAUCUUAAUUAUUUAUGUUCUCUCUGAUUAAUGCCCUGAUUAAUUGUUAUACAAUGUCAUAUAAAGCUAUAAUCGACAAGAUAUUGAUGUACAUCCAUAACCUUUUGGUCUGUUCAAAUUUCAGUAGACUGAAUAUCUGCUAAAUAGGUAAGAUAACCUGGCAAAAUAAAGGCAACUUUGAUUCACUAUAUACACGUUUCAGACUCGCUGCUAUGUAUAUUUAAUGGAUUAUAUUUAUGACAUUACAGCUAUUUACUGAUUAGUUGUCCAGUGUCCAAAACCUUCUAAGCUGCUGUGUGUCUAACACUUGUUUGUUUUGCUGGUAGAGCCAUAUGUGAAAAUAUUGCUGAUUUGUCAUCAGAAAACUAGAAUAUAUUUGCUUAGAUUUGUUUGAUCACAUCCAGACCAGUUAUCUGUUAUUUUAGUUGAAAUUGAAAUUAGCUGAGAAAAUUAUAAUUUCAUCAGUGAUUAAUCACUCCUGUUUUGUCAGCAAAAAAUAUUCUGCUGGUUGCAGCAAUUCCUGUUCAGAUCUUUAGCUAUAACUAUAGGAAGUAUAACCUUGAAAAAAAAUAUAGUAAUUGUUAUGUUUUUUUGUCUUGUUACCUAUAAAUUAUUCAUUCUUUAAAUAAUGUAUUUCAUUACAGUUGAGUGUGACAGUUUAUACAUUCUUUCUAAAUUUAAUGUGAUUCUCAUACAUUCUCAUAAUUCAUCAUCGCAAAUAUUAUAGUUCCAUGUGGGUUUCCUCCGGGUUCUCCGGUUUUCUCCCACCUCCCAAAAACAUGCCAUUAGGUGGCCUGGCUGAGAUAAAUUGCCUGUAGUUGUAAAUGACUGUGUGAAUGUGUAUGGACUGGUGUCCUUUCCAGGGUGUAUUUCCGUCUCACAACUAGUGUUCUUGAAAGUGAAAGAAAUAGUAUUUUAAGACUGUAUAUUAUGUGUGUACAUUAACAUUUUAAAACUUAAACAAUCAAAAUGUUAUUUCUGCAUGUUUUAAAUGACUUUUAUUCCACCUGACUCUAAGGACUGUAUAGGUCCCUUGCUGAUUGUUUUGGACUUUUUUUAUUAAUCUUGUUAAUCUUAAUGAUUUGAUAGUUUCUUUAUGUUUCUUCCAUUUCUGAACUGUGGUCUUUCUCAUUGGUAAACAGUGUGAUAUUGUUUUAUACUCUUCUCCCACUCUGUGAAUCUUUGUUUUUCUUUAGGUCUGAAGUCUUGUCAUACAAUUUUCUUGAUCCCACUGCUCACAGUAAACUUUAAGCCUUAUUAUUAAGUCUUAUUUAAGGAAAGAUCAAUUAAAGUGUUUUGAUUGUUUUAGGUCAUUGCACACUUUUAGGAGUGGCAUACAAAUAAAUUAACUAUAGUAGGUUAGUGAGGAUGCUAAUAAGCUAAUUGAGGUUGUUGAUAAAAAUAACUACUGAUUUAGACACAAUUGCUGUAAUAUUUAUGCCACUUUAUAAUGGGUUGUAAAUAGGAAAACAUUACAUGAACAUUACAUUUUUCUAUUGCCCAGAACCCAGAGAUGAAACUAUUGCACUCAUCUGUAGUUGCUAUGGCUGGAACCCCUUGCUGUUGUACCUAGUGAUACAUGUUUUUAAAUCAAAACUAUUUUUAUUUUUCAGAUGGCAUCAAGUAACUUUUCACUUUUAUAUUGAGAAUUUGUAUUUGUAAUGUAUAGAUCGGAAUUGUUUCAGAGCACUCCUUGUAUUUCUUAAGUGUGAUUAAAUUUAUUGAUGCUAAUUGGUCUUUUUUCAGCAUUUGUUUUUUUAGAAUGUAACCGUUUGUUCACUCGUGUACUUUAAUUCCUUAACAUGAAUUCCUUAAAAUGCCUGUUGUCCUAUGUCUUACAUAGCAAUA